AACAAACAAUUUUAGUGAUUUUUGGUCCUAGAAAGAUGGAAGUCAUGCAGUGUAUCAAGAGUGUAGUUGCAGCAGCCAAUCACUAUGGGCGCAACAAAAAUGACAUCAAUUUAAUAAACUUACAACGCCAGCUUGACGUACUGAUCAGUGUUACAGCAGAUAGCUCCAACUUGAGGCAUUUAGAACAUAAGGACUUAUUGCCCAUGGAAUGCCUGGCCUCAUUAGUAAACUCACUAAAUGACACAACACACAGUGGAGAAGCCUCAACCUUAGCCCAAAAAAUCAUGCUUCUCCUGACAAAUUUUGCACAGAAGAAUGAGAUCCGACACACCCUGUACCACACGCUACACAUUACCCCUCUGCUGGCAACCCUUCUACAACAGAAUGAUAAUGAACCUACAAUAGUACAGUGUGCUGAACUGCUUCAGAGGGUGACAUAUGGAGAAAAGGUUCCAAUGAAAGAGAGAUACACAGAAGAUCUACUACAGUUCCUUGUUGAAAAUAUUUUAGCAGCAGAAAAUGAUUUAACCUCGCCUUGUUUGGGGUCGCUUGCAAACUUGUGUCGGAACAACUACGCAGUUCAAACACAUAUAAAACAUAUGGACUAUAGGAAAAAGCUGUUUAAGAAAUUAUUUGCAUAUAUCAAACAUAAAAGUAAAAGAAUCAGCGCAUUUGCCCUCUCCAUAUUUACUGCCCUUUGCAAGGAUGAAGACUUUGGGCAAUUGCUUUAUGAUUCCAAAAACAUCAACCAGACAUUCCAGAUGAUGUUUAAUACAUUGGUUAAAGGAGACACCAUGGCACGUAAAUACUUAGUAGAUCUCUUCAUAGAUUUGCUAAUCAACUCCAAGGUCCAGGAGUAUUUAGUUGGCUUUCCCAGUGUACAGCCUUGUAUGAAGCAGAUUUUGAGUCUCCUGGGGUCUGGUGAAGGGGAGAUUGUCUAUAAGCUGUUUGAGUUGCUGCUCUCCUGCUGUAAAGUCUCUGGGCUGAGAUGUAUCAUCUGCAAGACAAUUAUGAACAUCUCAUCUUUAAAAACUGAGCCUGUCGGGCGGGAGAUGUUACGUCAAGGACAGAUAUCUGAGCCAUUCUUCGCAGUUGUGCACUGGAUAGGACAAAGUGUAGAGUCACAUGAUCGUGCGCCAUUGUUGGCAUUGGACUUCUUGAAGGAAAUAUAUGAGGAGAUCAUAGGGUUUGGCCUGAUAAGUAAGCUUCCGCCUAGGACUGACAUUGUCCUACCCAAGAUAACUGAGACACUUAUGUCCCCCAUGGGAGAUGUCAAAACUGAUUCAGUAAUGCAGAAAAAAUGCCAAAAGAUAACAAAGUCGCUGGAGCUUUUACUUGUGUUAUGCCAGGAUGAGUCAUUGAGGAGGGAAGUGUCGGAGAGCGUCGAUGAAGAGACAUUAUGCCGACUGAUAGAGUAUCAGUUCUCCCAUAAUGCAAUAGCAAUGAAUAAAACACACGGGCAGUUGGAGGAUUCUCAAUGGAGCUGCAAAGGUGUAGAUGUUGUCUUAUGUACACUAGAGUUGAUGUUGACCCUUAAAAAGCUAGACCCCAACAUGGCAUCCCCAUUAGCAAAGUUGUUACAAGAUGACCGCCUCGUACCGUUUCUUGCUUUCGGAAUGACCUCAGACUCCAGACAACGAGUUCAAAGGUCAUUACGACUGGUCAUGUCAGCCUCUCAACUUGAAGAGUUUCAAACUGUCACUCUCGGAGAGGCAAUCUCCAGCAACAACAGUAGUAAACAUCAAUCCUGGCAGGAAAGAAAGCAAUUGAACACAAACAGUAGUGGGUUAUCUGACUCCCCCUACUCUGCCCCCAUUGCCCCUACCAAGACCUCUACAUUCAACAAGGAGAAUGUGCCCACUGUUAAACCAGGCUCAAGGGGAACUAAAAGGCAAGCUGUUGACCAGGAUGAGUCUGUUCAGUUGCUCAUCAAGAAGAUGCAAUCAGGCUUGGAUAUUAAAGAUGCAAGAGCUUCUGAAAUUAUAUCUGUAUAUGAGCACAGGUUGCAGUCUUUACAGACAAAAGAGAACCAUCUACAAGACCUACUAGACACUAAAGCCCUGGCCUUACAGCAAGCAGACAGACUGAUAGCCCAGUUUAGAUGCCGGAAAGCUGAGACAGAAGCAGAGCUCCACAAGUUACAUUCACUCCUCCUAGAGUCAGAGAAGUCAUGUGAGGAGCUGAGAGAUCAGGUGAAUGAAAUGAGACUGGACAGAGAGCAGCUACAGAUUGAGAUGGAGCAACUUAUACAAGACAACCAGAGAUUGGAUGCCAUUGCUGAUGAACACAAAGAUUUGACGCAGGUCUACAACGAACAGUCCCAGAGAUUAGAAACUACCCAGAAGGCCUUAGCAGCACUGAAACAGGAGCAUACGACUAUGUCAGAGAUGCAUGAGAUGUUAAGACGUCACAAUGAGACUCUGAAACAACAGCAUGAUGUGGCUUGCCAGCAAUUAUCAGAGUUAGAAGAUGAAAGGAAAUCUCUCUCAAGAAAUCUGAAAGAAUCGGACUCAAAACUACAGGAUUUAACCAAAUCCCAUCAGAAAUUGGAACAGACUUAUUCUAAGACUGCCAAAGAGCGUGAUGAGCUAGAGGAAUCUAUUGAUAUAUGUAGAGAAAAUCUAGAGAAAAAUGAAAAAACUAAAAAGGACCUACAGCGUCAGGUCUCCUCCCUAGAGCUUGUGUUACGGAACCACGAAACUGCAAUCCGGGAGAAAGACACUUUAAUACAAAACCAAAAAACUGAGAUAGAAAAGCAUAACCAGAUAGCACAGCUUAUUAAUCAAUUAAGUAGUGGGAAAGCAGAAAACUUGAAUAAGUAAUACUGAACCAAAACUGUUUUUCUGAAAACUGUAUUUUAAUUCAAUAUCUUUAGCUAAAAAGGCAAGUACUCAUUGUGUAUGAAUUUUAGAUGGAUUUAAUCGCAUUUCUGAUGAGAUGUAACAUUCAAGAUGACAAAACAUUAAUCAAUCAAACACAGUGGAUUAUCAGAAUCACAACCUUCCCUUCAAUGAUAGGAACAUAGAGAGUUUAAGUGAGAGGAUAUAGACCAGAUUCGGUUUUAAUACACAGUGAAAAGUUGUUCACAUGUCGACAACAGUGAUCUCCCCAGGACAUUUAACUCAAUAGGGUGCCUCAUCCUAAUUUUGCCUGUUUUGGACAAAAUAGUAAAUACAGUACCUCAAUAUUUGACCAUGACAGGUUCAAACAAAUAUACUACAGGGUGGCAUAUCACUAGGCCUACUAAGAUUUCCAAAAAUGUAGGAUUUUAUAUUAGUUUGCAGAUUUUCAACAAUAUGCACUACCCUAUUGCUCCAAAGCUGUACUAUGAUCUGCCCCCCCCCCCCCCAUGAUCUCGGAAACGGACAAUCAUAGGAGAUUGUGCUAGGUAUCAUUGGAAAGGUUAUUCAAUUCCCAGUAUUUUGAG